AGGAGAGUAUUAUGCUGAUAUACUCUAAGAAUGACAUUUGAAAAGGGUGGUUGUUGUCUUUCUGGAGUUCACUGAUUCUUAAGCUGUGCCAGAUUCUCUUGGACUCUGAUGUUCUGUUCUUCUUCAACGAUGACUGUCUGACGCAUAAGGAUGCAUUUGGAACUCAAACUGAGGUGAACAACUUGGCUCGCCACCUUUAGAGCUCCCCUACAAGGCUCAGUUUAAAUUGUUCUAUAUCUGAAAAUGAAGUUGGAUGCAAAACAAGAUCAAUGGAAAACAAGCAAAUGGAAAAUCAAAUACUGUUCCAGUUCCAGCUACUCAUUAUAAGAAGCAGGAAUCUCGUGAAGAGUUCAGUGACUGGCCUCAUGGAUUACUGGCAAUAGGAACCUUCGGUAACAGUGAUCUGAGGGACCGUAGAAUCCCUCAAAUUCAAGACAUCAUUCAAGAGGAGGAUGACCCAUCUAAUAUCCAAGAGGAACCAUCUUCAUCCGAUGAUUUGCAGGAGUUCACGCCAGAAGAAGUGGGGAAAUUACAGAAAGAGUUGACAAAACUCUUGUCAAAGAAACCCAAUUCCGAUGUGAAGGAACUCGCCAACCUUCCGUUGGAUAGAUUUCUUAAUUGCCCCUCCAGCCUGGAGGUGGACAGGAGAAUCAGUAAUGCACUCUGCAGUGAUUCAGACGAUAAUUAUAAAGAAGAAGAUAUUGAUCGAACCAUUAGUGUUAUUCUUGGUAGAUGCAAGGACAUUUGUGCAGAGAAUAAGAAGAAAUCUAUUGGGAAAAAAUCUAUUUCUUUCCUUUUGAAGAAGAUGUUUGUUUGUAGCAGUGGGUUUGCCCCUCAACCCAGCUUGAGAGAUACACUUCAAGAGUCCAGAAUGGAGAAGCUUUUGAGGAUGAUGCUGCAUAAGAAGAUAUACACUCAAAAUUCUGCCUGGGUAUCAUCCAUGAAGAAAUACUUAGAGGACAAACAAACAGGGAAGAAGCAAAGUGAAGAUGAAACCCAAGAAAGAAAGAGCGAUGGACAUAAAUGGGUAAAGACAGACUCUGAAUAUAUUGUUCUAGAGAUCUAAAUUCCGCCUCCAUUGUUAUAAGAAUCAAAGGGAAGGUCAUCUACCUUGUAGAUUUGAAGAUAUUCAACUUGGAAAGAGAAGGAAAAAAAAAAAGAAGGUCUGCUCCAUUGAUUUAGAGCAGAGAUUUCAAAAGGGUACAAAAUUCCAACAAUAAAAUUCAUCUUCAUGGGCUUAUCACAGGAUCCGUACAUGUUCAUAGCUAUCAUUCUGUCUCUGUAUUUUGGUGAUGGUGCUCCCCUCUUUUUUCAUGGCUGUACCUGCUUGGACAGGCAUGUUAUGAGAUAUCGUCAAAAAGGAUAUCAGAGUCGGCACCGCCACAAGCACAGCUAGACAUUUUACACUCUUAUAUUUUUCUACACCUUUUUGCUAAGCUUCACCCUAUGCAAGAUAGUUCCUGGUGAAUAAUAUUUUAUUGACAUG